GCUGGUAAAAAAAUUGUCUUUAAAUAGCCAGCAGGCAAAUGAUCAUUUUCUCAUAAAGUUUCUGUGAGUUUCAUUUUGAUCUCAUCCAAGCAUGCCUCGAGGAACACUUGAAGUUGUUCUUGUUGAUGCCAGAGGCCUCGACAACAAUGAUUUUCUCGCUAAAAUAUCCCCCUAUGCUGUUUUAACUGUGAAGACCCAAGAGAAGAAAAGCACUGUGCUUACAGGGAAAGGAUCUAACCCAGAAUGGAAUGAAUCCUUUCUGUUCACAAUCUCGGACGAUGAAGUCAAGGAACUCCAUCUGACAAUAAUGGACAAAGAUAACUUCAGUGCCGAUGAUUUUGUUGGAGAAGCAACCAUUCCUUUACUGCCAGCUUUUGUCAAAGGAACUGUUAACCCAACUACAUACAACAUUGUCAAUAAGGAGAAGGAAUUUCAUGGUGGGGUUAAACUUGGACUCACUUUCACUCCUGAGUCUGGUUUUGAGCCCGGGAGAAGCGAUUUUGAAUCUGGAGAACAUGGUGAGGAGGGCUCUGGUGGAUGGAAACAAUCAUCUCAUGGGGAGGACAUACCGGGUGGAUGGAAAGAACAACCUUCUGGGGAGGUGGGACUAGGUGGAAGGAAUGAACCACCUUAUGGGGAGGAGAGACCACCUUACGGUGAGGAGAGACCGCCUUAUGGGGCGGAGAGACCACCUUUUGGGGAGGAGAGACCGCCUUACAGGCAGGAGGGACCACCUUUCGGAGAGGAGAGGCCGCCUUACAGGCAGGAGAGGCCACCUUAUGGGGAGGAGAGGCCACCUUAUGGGGAAGAGAGACCACCUUACGGGGAGGAGAGGCCACCUUUCGGGGAGGAGAGACAUGGUGGAAGGAAUGAACCACCUUAUGGGGAAGAGAGACCACCUUACGGGGAGGAGAGGCCACCUUUCAGGGAGGAGAGACAUGGUGGAAGGAAUGAACCACCUUAUGGGGAGGAGAGACCGGGUGGAUGGAAACACUCCUCUUUCGACGAGGAGAGAUAGGAUGGAUGGAUUCUACCCAGGUAUAAACUUGUAAUCAUGCAAUGUUUGAGAAUACAGUAAUGUUGGAUUGGAGGUUCCUUUUGGUGUGUGUUGUGUUCAAUCCUAUAUAUGUGCUCCUCAACUUGUUUGAUGGACUGAAAUAAUGAGUCUAUUGUACUGAUGUAUUUUGUGUUGUAUUUGCUCUACCACCUUGUUGUAUCCAAUGUACUAUUAUGACUAUAUACAUGUUGGUUUGCUUAAUUUA